CCCCGCACCCGCCGGGCCGCCCCGCCGCACCGUGCCUCCCGCCGGACCCGGCUGCGGGGAGAGGACCUUGAGUAGCAGGAUGGAAGAACUCUGACAGAGAGACAGAUAACACGCCCUUUCAGCAUGGAGACUGUUCCGGUUGAUGGGGAACUUGACAGAAAUUCACAUCAUGGUGAUAACAGAGACUCUCAUGGACCAUCAACAGUGGUAACAAACAGCGAUGAAUCACAGCUUUUGACUCCAGGAAAAAUGAGCCAGCGCCAGGGGAAAGAAGCCUAUUUUACUCCAACCAAAGAGUUAAUCCAACCAUCUCUCAGCCCAGGAACUACCCAUAGCCAUGGUUUUGACAAAGGGAAGGACGAUGUGUCACAAAGUAAAGAGGAUACAGCACAUUCUAUGUCAAAAAGCAAGUCUGAAUCCAAGCUUUUCAAUGGCUCUGAGAAGGACAUCUCUUUAUCUUCAAGCAAACUUACAAAAAAAGAAUCUCUCAAGGUUCAAAAGAAAAAUUACAGAGAAGAAAAGAAGAGAGCUACAAAAGAAUUGCUUAGCACUAUCACAGACCCAUCAGUUAUUGUUAUGGCUGACUGGUUGAAGAUUCGUGGUACCUUGAAAAGCUGGACCAAACUGUGGUGUGUACUGAAACCAGGAGUGUUGCUUGUUUACAAAACCCCCAAAAAUGGCCAGUGGGUAGGAACAGUGCUCCUGAACGCUUGUGAACUCAUUGAGAGGCCUUCUAAAAAAGAUGGCUUUUGUUUCAAACUUUUUCAUCCUUUGGAGCAGUCCAUAUGGGCUAUAAAGGGUCCCAAAGGUGAAGCCGUUGGUUCUAUAACUCAGCCAUUGCCCAGCAGUUAUUUGAUCAUCCGAGCUGCUUCAGAAUCAGAUGGCAGGUGUUGGAUGGAUGCUUUGGAGCUGGCACUGAAAUGUUCAAGUCUGCUUAAACGUACAAUGAUUAGAGAAGGUAAAGAACACGAUUUGAACUCUUCAGCAGACAGUACUCAUGUCUCUCUCUAUGGUCUGCUUCGCGCUAACAACUUGCACAGUGGAGAAAACUUACCGUUAAAUGACAGUGAAAUGGAAAGGCAUCACUUUAAAGAUCAAGAUAUGUACUCUGACAAAUCUGAUAAGGAAAAUGACCAUGACCACGAGGAAUCUGAUAAUGAUGGAUUGGGGAAAAGCGAAGAAAGCGAUAGCGACACGUCAGAGCGACAGGAUGAUUCUUACGUCGAUCCAGAACCAAUUGAUAUCAAGGAAACUACUUAUUUAGAACAGAGUCAUGAAGAACUUGGGGAGGCAGGGGAGGCUGCUCAGACAGAAGUAGUGUCAGAAGAAAACAAAAGUCUGAUCUGGACACUACUGAAGCAAGUCCGGCCAGGAAUGGAUUUGUCCAAGGUUGUACUGCCUACGUUUAUUUUGGAACCUCGUUCUUUCCUGGACAAGCUGUCUGAUUAUUACUACCAUGCAGACUUUCUGUCCGAAGCUGCUCUUGAAGAGAAUGCUUACAACCGCAUGAAAAAAGUAGUGAAGUGGUAUUUGUCGGGCUUCUACAAAAAGCCAAAGGGACUAAAAAAGCCGUACAAUCCUAUACUUGGUGAGACUUUCCGCUGCAUGUGGAUUCAUCCAAGGACGAAUAGCAAGACUUUUUACAUUGCAGAACAGGUAUCACAUCAUCCUCCAAUAUCUGCCUUCUAUGUUAGCAACCGCAAGGAUGGUUUUUGCCUUAGUGGUAGCAUUCUGGCCAAAUCAAAAUUCUAUGGGAAUUCAUUAUCUGCCAUACUAGAUGGAGAAGGACGGCUAACAUUCCUAAAUAGGGGAGAAGAUUAUGUAAUGACAAUGCCAUAUGCUCAUUGUAAAGGAAUUCUUUAUGGCACAAUGACCUUAGAGCUUGGGGGAACAGUCAACAUCACCUGUGAGAAAACUGGCUACAGUGCAACAAUUGAAUUCAAACUCAAGCCUUUUUUGGGUAACAACGACAGCGUUAACCAAAUAUCAGGGAAAAUUAAGCUUGGCAAAGAAGUUCUGGCUAUUUUGGAGGGUCAUUGGGACAGUGAAGUUACUAUUAGUGACAAGAAGACAGAUGUUUCAGAGACAUUCUGGAACCCGACAUCCGAUAUCAAGCAGCGUAGAUUACCUAGAUACACAGUGAAGUUUGAAGAGCAAGAUGACUUUGAGUCAGAGAAGCUUUGGCAACAAGUGACAAGAGCAAUAAAUAAUAAAGACCAAACAGAAGCUACUCAAGAGAAAUACGUUCUGGAAGAAGCUCAGAGAAAGAGUGCCAAAGAGAGGAAACUUAAGGGUGAAGAGUGGACAUGCAAGCUGUUCGAUCAGGAUUCAGUCACAGGAGAAUGGCACUACAAAUAUGCUGAUACCAGACCAUGGGACCCUUUGAAUGAUAUGAUCCAAUUUGAAAAAGAUGGCACCAUCCAAACAAAAGUUCGACAUCGGACACCAAUGGUUAGUGUUCCAAAAAUCAAACGAAAGCCAGCCAGUCAGAAGAAAGGAGAGGGUGGUUUCUCAUCCCCAGAGCCUGAUAACCAGGAUUCCUCUGGGAGUGAAGCGCAACUUCUGAAGCAUAAUACAAGAAUAAGGAAAAAAGGGGCCGACCUUGGUGAACUGCAGAGUGCCAUUGAAUCUAUAAAGGAAACACAAGAAGACAUUAAGAGGGACAUUAUGGCUCUACGAAGUAGAGUCACUUCUAAUUCACCACCCGUGGACUACCAUUUCUUGCAGUUUAAGCACUAUGUCUUCAUUUUACUCGUGGUUCUGCUACAGCUUAUCGUUAAUUUCUUGUUCAAAUAGGAAGUGUGAACAAGGGCCUUUCUGAACUGGAAUGAUCGAACUGUUACUGGGGACCAUAUUUUAAGUUGGACUUUAAAUGAUGCAAUAUUAUCUAAAAGAGCCCUGUAGCAACAACUUACAGAACUUUGCCUCAGCGUCCAUGGUUCAUACUCCCGUCUACCCAGUUGAAGUAAGAAUUGUGUAAGUGCCAGUACACUCUUGCUCCUGGUGUGUGCCUCUGUCUCGCAGACAUACGACAUCAGCCUUGUGUUUUAUAUUACGUCAUAUGCUGUACUGAUGAAUCUUCACCACAGAAUAGAUGAAGUUAAAAAUUCAGAGGUCAGACCCUGUAGGUAGGAUGCGAUUCCUGUUAUGGUAGAAUGAUAAAUGAGCAUACUUUGUUACAUUUAAACUUCCCAUUUUUGUAACAAAGGAACUUUCGAAGUAGCCAAGUUUUUGUAUAUGGUGUUGGGUGUUUGGAAGUAAACUUUUGUUUAAGGUCAAACAAAUACAUUAUUAUACAAAGAUCAUGAGUGUUAGGAACUGGCAGGUAAAAAGCUGAAGCCUUUGGGAAUUCUGCAAUGUAAUGUCCUUGAUUUGUUUUGGAAGUAUGAGUUUUUAUCCUGAAUUACUAUAGUGGCUUGUAAGCCAGCUCUUUUAUUUUUAUAGUUUUAAAACUUCAGAUUCUUCAUAAAAACAUUCCUGCAUCUACUGUACAGAGCACAUUUUUAACAGUACAGCACCCGGGAAGGUACUGUCUUGGUCCACUCUCUCUCAUGAAUUGCAAAUGUCAAGGAUUUACGGUAUGUUUGUAAGUCUUGAUAAAUCUACAGCUUUGAAUUUACAUUUGUGUCUGGCCAUGUCACAGUAAGCAGACCAACUGCUGAUGCCAGGACUCUUUCUUAUUUUUUAAACAAAAUGUGAAGAUGCAAAGGUGUGCUUAGUAUGUAGCUUGAGUUGAACCUCCCAAAAGGCAGAUGAUGUAGAACAGAAUUCAGGCACCGUCAUGAGUUCACUUGCAAAUGAAAACACGUGUGUUUACACGGGGAAAGUCUUCAGAAAUUGUGGGAUGGCUAACAACACACAUAUCAAAACAAAUGAGAGUGAAACCCUAAGUCUUUGUUAAAUUCCUCCUUACUGCAGUAUAUACUCCCUAACAGAACACACGGAUGCACCUAUUCAUUAUGCUGUAGCCAUACAAAUUAAUGUGAAGCUUAAGUUUCAAUUUAAAACCAGGGUUUCUAACAUUUUAAUUUGAAGAAAUAUAUGCAUGUAUAGAACUUGUAAAAUUCCAGCAAAAAAAAAUUUAGUGCCAGUGUCUAUCUGGUGAAUUCCUUAUGCCAGGCAAGCGUACCAAGUCAAAAAGGGGCUGUAGUAUUGUAAAGGUACUCUCAGUAACGCAGACGAGACAGUAGGAGGAUGAGCGGCACAAUGCAAAGGGCAGCCAAGUUUGUUUUCAGAGGGUCCUCUCAGAAAUCAAAUCCAUCCGGGGCAGUGGAACAGUUCGAAGGUUACGUCUGGCUUUUUGCCAUGGCCCAGUUAUCCCUCUGCCUUGGGCAGCCUCCCUGACUCUCCAGGUGAUCUACCUUUCUGCUCUGCAUCAGUCUCCCCAGUAUUUAGGGAAAAUACUAUUUACUUGUUGUUUAUCAGUCUAGCUCAUAUAUUCCUGUGGCUGAUACCUUCACACACCUCCCCUUCUCUUUUACCUUUCCCCUUCUUUGGGCAUCAGCUACGUAAAAGUUUAUUGCUUAAGCAGUCAACUUCAGCUUAUUUCUUACAGCUUCAUAUUAGCAUAGUUUGGUCUUGAAUCAUUUUCUGGAAUGUGGUACCUUAACCAGAGGGAUCUUGCAUACGUGGGCAAGACCAAACUUGACUGGACUUCUAUUAUAUGUACAGCUGUGAUGAGGUAAAAUUUGUGAAUCUAGAAAGUCCCUCUGUAAACAAACAAACAAACAAACAAAAUCCCUAAGUUAAGUCUCUACACAGAAACUGAAGUUGUUAGCCACAUAUAAAAUGGCAUAAAGAAAGCAGAAUAUUAUAGCGUUAAUUUAACGUUCUCAGCCUGGAAUUUUGCCAUUCAUUAUCGCGUUCAGAUGUCAAAGCUUCACCUGUCUUAAGAUCCAUUACAAGCCUUUAAACAUACUCUGUACAUGAGAGUAAUACAAGAGGAAAUGAGUGAGAAUUUGGGCAAUAACUUCAAUCCCCUAAAAUAAUACUCUGCUAAAUUUGUGGUGCUGAAACUCUUGACUGAGUUACAAGCUUUUAUCUCCCUUGUAAAUAGAAAUGUCCUUCUGCCCUUUCAUGUUGAUAUUUUAAUUACUUCUGUUCAAGAUCAGUUAAUAACACAGUCUGCAUGUAUUUUUACACGGACUGCACGGUAGUAACUGUGGAUUUGACCGAGCCAGCUGGCUGGCAGCGUGGUGUUGCACAACGUCAGACUAAACAGAUACUCCGUAUCUGAAAUUAACGCUCAGCUCAAGAUAAGUAAAGACUUGAACAGACCGAGACAAAAUGCCUGUGCUUAUUUUCCUUUUCAACUUAUUUUUUAGAGUUUAAUUCUGUUGUAAAAGUGGUUUUAGUGAUGAUCCAGGAAGGUAAAGGAUAGAUGAUGAAACUUUUUGAAAAGUAAAAUUGCAGACUUCUGCUUGACCGUAUGAUUGGAUAACUUAAAUUCUGAAAAGUAUAUCGACAGCCUAGUAAUUCCUAUUUUGCUGGGUUUUGUAUGAUGUUCCCUCAUGUGAAUAGAAGAAAUUUCUUGCCUAAUUUUUACAGUACAGCUGGUCACAGGCGUGUAUGAAGCCUUUUCUUUGGCGCAUCACCAUUGUCCGGUUUAACCACGAUGUGUAGCUGAUCUUGAAUAUUACGUACUUAAGACUGAGCUCUGCACAUAGUUAUAAAAAUUGAUUGUACAGUUUGCAGAUGUUUGAGGGCUGUGGCCUCCUGCUAGUUUUUAAAGUUUAAAACAGCAUUUGUUUUCACAUUUGAUUUACAAAUCUUGGGGUUUUUUUUCUUGUACAGGAAAUAUGUGCAGAAUUUGUUGCCAUGUGGUUUUGUUGUUUUGGGUUUGUUUUUUCAAAUGCACUCUAAGCCUUUAAUUUGCCAUUUAGGUACAGAUUGCCUAGUUAGGUACAGAUGACCUAAGGUAAGAAAAAGUAAAUAUGCCAUGUGAAAUGUAGCAAGUAUCAGUUUCAGCAGUAGAUGAUGUUUCUUCCAUUUCACAUGUUGAUUCCUUUUAAAUAGUUGACAUUACUUAAUGAGGGUAUAGCCUGGCUGUUUCUCCACCCCCCUCCAAUUAAAUCUCAUAAAUUAUUUGAAAGGUUGUCCCAUAAAAUGUAGUGAUGGCAGUUUCUUCCUUUUUUUGUUUGUUGUUCGCUGCCCUCCUGUGCC